AACGCUCUCCACGUCGCUGACGUCAUGACGCCACCAGUGUCGGGCGGCAUUUUGAAAUAAACACGGACAUUGUAUGUUUUGUAUGUUUAGAAAAAAAGUUUGGAUUUACUGAACAUGGUAAGUUGUAACCCCGGUGAGGUCCGGGCAGAGAGAAGAGCUGCUGGACAGCUCUCAGAGGCCGCCGAAUCGGAGCUGGUGCAGCAAUGUGAGGAGCAAUUUGCUCAACUGGAGAAGCUCCAGAAUGAAAUCAUACUGUGUGAACCAGACAUCUGUGAGAAUCACCAGGAACAGUCAGUAAGCAGACUGGCGGCUACAGAUGCUGAACUGAAGCUGUGGAUGUCCAUGCAGCCGAGCUCGCUUGCGGCUAACGCAGAAAUUUUACUUCAUGCAGGAAAAGAUGAGAUGCUCAAGCUUUGCUCCGAACUGGAGAUGGUCGUUUCUUGUUGUGAAGCCAAGAGAGACAAAUUGAGAGAGACUAAAGAGCUAGAGCAGAAAUGGCUGGAGGAGAAGAAGCAGGUGCUAUUAGCUGCCAAUGAUCAUACCGAACGACUUCGGGUGGAAAAGGAGAAAUAUUCAGAGCACAACAUCCUUCUGGAGACAAAGGCCAAAAUCCAGAAAAUGAAGACUUAUCAGGAACAGCUGAUGGAGUCGCUGGGAGACAUUCUGGAGAAACAUGUCCCUCUCCCUCAGGACGAGUCUACUGCCAGCAAAAAGAAGAAGAACAUUCCCCUGAAGAUAAGUGAGGACCUUGUUUCCCUCAGUAAAAUUCUUGAGGUUCUUAUGGACAAAGUCAUGAACACGCCGCACGACCCUUAUGUUACGAUAGAUCACACGUUCUGGCCACCGUAUGUGGAGAUGCUGCUUCGAUAUGGGAUCGCAGUGAGACACCAGGAGAACAACUUCAAGAUCCGCCUGGAGACCUUCUUCUAAUUGACUGAUGUUCAAAUUUUUACUCUUUAAUUUUCUCAAGCACAACACAUCAGUCAGUGUCUUUCAUUUGUGUGUAUUUGAGCCCUACAGUUCUUUGACAACCGUCUGAAGAACCGAGACAAGAGAGUUACUUUUUGUAAAUAUGUAUUAGUUAUACAACUCAUUUCUGUUUGUGUUAAUUUAGUUCUUAUUGCAAAUAUAAGAUAUUCUGCAUUUGCAUGGGCACCAUGUGCUAUUUUGAUAAGUCUGAGAUUUUAAAGUUCUUGAAGUGUUUGUGAUCUUAGCAGAUGUUUUAUUGCUGUUCACCGAGCAAUAAAAUAAAACGGGAUCUUCACUUCUUAUUUUGGCAUAAAAGCUAGAAAAGUUAAAUUUAAUUCAAACCAUCAGUCACCUAAUUCUAAUAAACGUUUUGUCUGUACUUUAUUAAUAUUUGUUUCUGAAUGUUUAUGCUUCUUUAAUAAACACAUUUUUAUGUGCUUUGCU